AUGAAAAAUGAGCUAGAACCAAAGAGAAAAAAGAUAAAACGAGAGUUUAGCUUGCCAAGUGAAAUAAUUAUAUUAAUAAUUGAAUAUUCGGCUUGCAACACCAAAAUAUUGACUAAAUUUUCUUUAAUUAAUAAUCAAUUUCAUUCAAUAAUUUAUGACAGCUCUUAUGGAUUGUGGGAUCAUUUACUUGUGAGAUAUCCCUUCCGAAUGAAUCCUCCGAAUUUAUCAAUUAUUAAAAAAAUAUAUUUCGAUUUGGAGGAAGAUGAUGAAGUUGAUGUAAAAUUUACUAGAGUUCAAGAGUUUACUUUUAAAAAUGAUUCUAAGGAGUGUAUUACAUUGAUUGUCAAUUGUAUCAAUUCUGAACAAAUAUCCAAAGUUACAUUCUUUGGAGAGACGAGACCAAGCCUUGUGAAUUAUUUAAUAGAUCAUUUCUCAAAUCUUAGAGAGUUGGUACUGAAUGAUUUUGAUUUCCAAGAGUGGGAUGGGGAAUAUGAUUUUUCUUUCAAACAAACCCCUUUGCUUGAAAGUUUUGUUUUUGUGGAGGAAACUGACGAAUACUCUGGUUGCUACAACGAACCAAAUGAUACAAAUUUCUUCUUUAAUGUAUUUACAAAGUAUUCAUUUAGCAAUCUUCAAAAAAUUUGGUUUGAACCAUAUUAUUCUAAUAUUGAAUUAUUCAAGUUUGUGGAACAAAUCAAACAUCUCAAUUCUCUAAAGCAUUUGCAAGUGACAUUAUCCUUAUGGGAUUUUACACCAAUUCCAUCCUAUGCAACUUUGCCACCAUUGAUUGAGGAAAUUCAAUUCAAAUGUGCUUUUAAAGUAUUUGCAAAAUUCCUAAUUGCUUACUUUAAUCAUCCAAAGGUUUACAUUCAGUUUUCUCCCUCAGAACAUUUCCUUGGAGAUACAAGUAUUCAGUUUAUGACCACUGAUGAGCUUAUUGAAGAAUUGAUAAUGGAUAAGGAAAGAAAAGAAGAGCUUAAAAGUUUGAUUAAUGAAAAAAGAUAUUUGGGAAAAAUUGAAUGUAUGGAUAAAUCGUACAGUGGAUCUGAAUAA